GUAUUCGACUUUUAAGUAAAAACUUCAACGCCCCAAAACUCGGUCUACGGCAAGCGAAAGGGUCCAAAAAUUACACCCGUGACACACUUUUCCGCACGUUGAGCGUCUGUCGGACGUCGCAUCAAAACGGCAGAGCAGGUGGUUUACGGUUCGCGUUGUUGUAAACAUUAGCGCCGCGCCACGCCAGCCAUGGAUGCGCUUGUCGCCGCCAUGUGUGACCAGCUUAUCAAGGCUGUGAACGUGACUAUGGAUCCGGAAUCGAGUCAAAUAUACCGACUGGAGGCCCUAAAGUUUUUCGAGGAGUUUAAAGAGAAAAGCCUCCUAUGUGUCCCGUGCGGCUUACAUUUGGCAGACAAAGCCCAGACUGCUGUUAUCAGGCACUUUGGCUUGCAAAUUUUGGAACACGUCAUCAAGUUCCGUUGGAAUGACAUGCACCAACAGGAGAAAAUCCAGGUGAAAGACUGCACCAUGCAGCUGUUAUCAAAAGGGACGUAUCCAAUCCUAGAGGAGGAAAGCUACAUCAAAGAUGUCCUCUCGCGAGUGGUGGUGGAAAUGAUCAAGAGGGAGUGGCCACAGAAUUGGCCAAACAUGCUUAAGGAGAUGGAAAGUCUCUCGAGCGAAGGGGAGGCCCAGACUGAACUUGUGAUGCUGAUCCUGCUGAGGCUGGCGGAGGACGUGAUCACCUUCCAGACGUUGCCUCUGCAGCGGCGCCGGGACAUCCAGCAGACGCUCUCGCAGAACAUGGAGAGCAUCUUCAACUUCCUCAUGACCAUUCUGCACCUAAACAUAAAAGAGUACCAAAAACUGAAAGGGUCGCCACAGCAUGAAAUGAAGGCCAGGGCUCACUGCAGAGUGGCCGUGGCAACGCUGAGCACACUCGCUGGUUACAUCGACUGGGUGUCCCUGGUAUACAUCACGUCCGGCAACUGCCGUCUGCUGGAGAGCUUGUGCCUGCUGCUGAGCGAGCCGGAGCUGCAGCUGGAGGCGGCCGAGUGCCUCCUCAUCGCCAUCAGCCGCAGGGGCAAGCUGGAGGAAAGGAAGCCGUUCAUGUUGCUGUUUGAUGAUGUCGCCAUCAAUUACAUUCUCUGUGCAGCACAGUCAGCUGAUGGCCCGGCCUCCUCCGAAACACAAUCGGUUGAGGUGGUGGAGCGACGCUAUGUUUUUCUGAAGAGGCUGUGUCAGGUGCUGUGUGCUCUGGGAAGUCAGCUAACCUAUCUGGUGGGUUCAGAUGCCAAAGUGGACGUUCCUGCGAACCUCAGCAAGUUUUUGGAAGCCGUGUUGGCUUUCUCAACACAUUCCAGCCUGUUUCUGAGGUCAUCCACUCUGUCCACGUGGGCGUCUGUCUUCAGACACGAGACUCUCUCCCAAGAGCCCAUUGUUGUAGAAAUGGCCAUCAAGUACCUCAGAUUAUCCAUAACUAACCUCGUCAAGACGGGUUUUCCCUCCAGGAACGAUCACCCAAGUUGUCAGUUCUCACGUGUGGACUUUGACAGUGAUGAGGAUUUCAACACUUUCUUUAAUUCAUUCCGGGCGCAUCAGGGAGAGGGCGUGAGGUGUGCGUGUCGCCUUGUUCCCUUGGAGGCGUUCCAGAUGGCCGCCAUGUGGCUGCAGUACAAGCUUGGCAACAGCAAUGCCACACCUCAAGGCGAGGGGCUGUCCUCGCUCUUCUCCACGCCAGUGCUGGAGUGGGACGCUGUGACGGUGUUCAUGGAGUGCGUGGUGUCUCAGGUCUUGAAGAGCCUCGAGGAGGAGAAGUUGCCCGUCGGGGGGAGCAUGGAGCUGCUGCAGGCCGUGCUGAGCUACGACACCAAAGAGCCUCUCAUCAUGUCCUGCGUGCUCACCAACGUGUCCACUCUCUUCCCUUUCGUCAAACACAGACUGGAAUUCCUGCCUCAGGUCCUUUGCAAGCUUUUUGAAACCGUUACCUUUGAGCCUGUUCAGGAAAUUAAGGCACCACGCACCCGAGCUGUAAACAAUGUGAGGAGGCACGCCUGCUCUGCCAUCAUCAAGAUUUGCCGGGAUUACCCGCAGUUCAUUUUGCCUUGUUUCGAGAUGUUUUACAACCACGUGAAGAAGAUGUUCUCUGGCGAUGCCGCUCUGACCGUCAUGGAGAAGAGCGCCCUGAUCGAGUCUCUGGUGCUCAUCAGCAAUGAGUUCAAGGACUUCGAGAAGCAGAAGGCUUUCAUAGGCGAGCUGCUGGCCUCCGUGAUGGCCGACUGGACCUCAGACACGACGAAGCAGGUGCUUUCCAACCCGGCCGUUUUCCUCUCCUUCAUCGGAGCUGAUCAGGUUGUGAACGAGCAGUGCAAAGAAGUGGAUGCAGUCAGCCUCAACAGGGGGAGGUUGGCCUUCUGUUUGAACGCAAUGCUGGGCGUGGUGAAGCGGGCACACUGGCCUGCGGACCAGGAAGCCGCCAAGGCCGGAGGCUUCUUCGUGGGCUAUACGCCAUCCGGAGCGGCCAUCUACAGAAACCCCUGCGCUGCCCAGUUUUUAGCCUUCCUGCCAAACCUGCUGGCUCUCAUCAGAACUCAAAACAGUUUGUUUACACCGGAGAACCGAGCUCGUCUGAGUGAGACCUUUACCAGAGUCCACGAGCUGAUGGACGGCGAGAGGAAUGUCGUUCUGGGUCUGGGUCAUUCCAUUCAGGAUUCAUACGACGCUCCUUCCUUUAAAACAAACCUGGAGCGCAUGCAGGGAUUUUUCAGCCAACUGUAUGACAACUGCUUUCACAUCCUGGGAAACGGAGGGCUUUCCCUGCAACAGGAGUUCUACAACGUAGACAGGCUGGCUGAAGAACUUUCUGCCUCGGCUUUCUUCUCCCUCGAACACGUGCCGGACCACAGGCUUCGCCCCUUCAUUCGCUUAUUCGUAAGGCAGAUGGUGCUGUCGUGUCCCUCGGAAUACAACGACAGUCUCCUCUGCCCCCUGCUCGGCCCUCUGUUCAACUACAUUCUGCAGAGCUUAAACAUGAAGUGGCAAGUCAUUAACCAGAGGGCUUCUGUCAAUGGUGAGGAGGAAGAAGAGGAGGUGGUGUGUCAAGAGAGUCAGGUGACACAGGAGAUGCUGGAGGAGCAGCUGGUGCGCAUUCUCACCAGGGAGGUGCUGGAUUUCAUCACUGUCAGCUGCAUUUCACGAAAAGUACCCGAACCUGCUCCCAAUAAGGAGGAAGUAGAAGAGGAGGACGUGAUGAUGGAUGCCACACAGGCGCCGUCCACUGCCCCGAUUACAGAUGAGCUCACUGAGCUCGGGAAAAGCCUCAUGGAUAAUGAGAACAUCUACAUGACCUUGUUGUCCUUCACCUUCACUUCACUGUCGUGGAAGGACGCCACGUACUGUCACCGCACGGCUUCCAUCAUCUGCUGGACCCUCCUGCGGCAGGUGAUCGGAGGUAACCUUCUUCCCGAGGCGGUCUCUUGGUUCUUCGUCAGCGUCCUCAAGGGCCUCCAGACGCACGGGCAGCACGAGGUCUGCAAUGCCAGCCUCUCUCACCUGGCCAUGCAAAUCUAUGACAACCUGCGCCCUCGCUACAUGGAGCUGAGGGCGGUGAUGAACCAGGUCCCCAACAUCAGUAUUGAGUCUCUGGACCUUUACGACCGCCGCCUGAUGGAACCCAACACGCACAAAGUCGGCGAGAAGAAGAGGAAAGAGCAGUUCAGGAAGCUCAUCGCCGGGAGUGUUGGGAAAGCUCUGUGCCAGCAGUUCAGAAAAGAGGUCCACAUCCGGAAUCUUCCGUCACUGUACAAGAAGGUGAAGCCGGACAAGGAUGUGCCGAGCAGCAACGAGCCCAUCGGGCUGACGGCGCUCUUUGACCCGGAGAAUAACGCUUUGUAGGAGGAAGAGAAAGAGGACACAAUGCAGUGCUUCUCUCAUGGACUCAAAUCGGGACUUAAGGUGUGCUGCUCCCAAUAUGUCGUUAACCUAACAACAUAAUUGCCACCAAAGUCGUUUUGCGGAGAAAACAAAAGCAUAAUUCAAAAUCAAAUAAGAGUUUAUUUCCCUCAAUUGCAUUUUUGCAGAUUACCUUGUCCUGAAUGACUGAGAAUGAUUUAAGAAAAAAAUUUGGAGUAACCACAUUUAUUUUUAUUGAUAUGACACAAAGAACUUUGGCAAUUAUGUUAUUAGGCUUGUGAUAUCUUGUGAGUGUCGCGCUGCUGCUUUUCAUUGUUAAUAUUACACUGCAUUUGUUUUGUUUUUCCCCCCUUCAAGCUCAUUUCAAUGACGAAUAAUAUUUGCCCCUCAUCUACACUAAUCAGCUCACACGUUUACUUUUGUGUCACAAUCAACAUUGUGGUGUAUUUUAUUUAUGUAGAAAAACAGAAAGGAGACAAUGUACACUCACACUGCAUUGUUUUGUUUUUAAUUGACUGGAUGAGUUAUUCGGUACCUUGUGUAGGAAGUUUCCUAUCGCGGAUGUUUAAUGGAAACAGUUUAAUAGUGAAAUAAGCUUUUCUGUAUUGUAUAAAAUGUACAGUACUACUUGGUAUUUGUCACUUCUGAGCAACACCCCAAGUACAAUUUUGAAGUUCUGUCAGGUUUUCAAUACGUGCCAAAUUAUCGUUAAACAAAACCACAUAAAGACUUGAUGUGGUCCAAUCACAAAAAAAAAAAAUAAGUCAGUGGUACAUUCCUAUAUUUUUGAAGCAAUGUUUUUUUUUUUUUAGCUAUUGUUACAUUAAUUUGACGUGUUCUGCUCUUAUGGAGCUAUGAAAGUAAGGGUUAAUUUUCAUAAUCUAGAUUUAGCACUUUUUAUGACUAUUUUUAAGUUUUCCUUCACUUUUUUUUUAAUGCAUGCAGUACAACCAGCUCAACUAUAUUACCAAAACAAAAAGUGACAACUUUUACAUAAGUCUUCAAAAAAAGGACUUCAAUUGUUGUAAUUGUCCAUUCAAAAAACAAACUGCUUGUAACACUAAAAGGAUGUGUUACAAUAAGGAGAACGGCUUUGUAAAAGUUUAGUGUGGUAGAUAUUUUUCUUUGAAAUA